AUGGCAUCGAUUUACACCUGCACGGAAUGUGGGACAAACCUGAAUCUAAACAUAAACUGUCUCUACCCACAAGACUUCUACUUUGAAGCAGGAAACAAAGGCACCCUCUCUUUCUCUUCAAUAGACUCGACUAAAUUCAGGUUUGAAAAGGAAGAGAAGAUCAGGCCAUUUUUUGAGACAGUGAAUUACUGGGGCAUUCAAAGAAAGAGAACCAAGAUCAAGUGUAAUAGUUGUGGUUGUCUAGUUGGUUAUGUUUAUGAUGAUGGGCAGCCUUUAACUAUUAGUCCUGGUCAGUUUGGUCUUGGUCCUAGUCAGGCUAUUCCAAGAGCUCCUAGGUAUAGGUUCAAGACUAAGGCUCUUAUAAUUGCUUCAGAAACUUGA